CCGCAGCCCCGCUCCCGCCGCGCUGGGCGGAGCGCGGGGCGGCCGUCGGGGCGCAUGGACGGGCCCGGGGCGCGGGGCCCGCGGCGCCGCCAUGAGGAAGCAGAGCGUGCGCACGGCCGCGCUCAUCCUGUGCAUCCUGUCCUACCUGCUGGUGGGCGCCGCUGUCUUCGACGCGCUCGAGUCCGAGGCGGAGCGCGGCCGCCAGCGGCUGCUGGCCCAGAAGCGCGGCGAGUUCCGGAGGAAGUACGGCUUCUCGGCCGAGGACUACCGCGAGCUGGAGCGCCUGGCGCUGCAGGCCGAGCCGCACCGCUCCGGCCGCCAGUGGAAGUUCGCCGGUUCCUUCUACUUCGCCAUCACCGUCAUCACCACCAUCGGGUAUGGCCACGCCGCGCCGGGCACCGACUCGGGCAAGGUCUUCUGCAUGUUCUAUGCGCUCCUGGGCAUCCCCCUGACGCUGGUCACCUUCCAGAGCCUGGGCGAGCGCCUGAACACGCUGGUGCGGCGCCUCCUGCUGGCGGCCAAGCGCUGCCUGGGGCUGCGGCGGCCGCGCGUGUCCACCGAGAACAUGGUGGUGGCCGGGCUGCUGGUGUGCGCCGCCACCCUGGCCCUCGGGGCCGCCGCCUUCGCGCACUUCGAGGGUUGGACCUUCUUCCACGCCUACUACUACUGCUUCAUCACCCUCACCACCAUCGGCUUCGGCGACUUCGUGGCGCUGCAGAGCGACGAGGCGCUGCAGAGGAAGCCGCCCUACGUGGCCUUCAGCUUCCUCUACAUCCUCCUGGGGCUCACGGUCAUCGGCGCCUUCCUCAACCUCGUGGUCCUGCGCUUCCUGGCGGCCAGCACCGACGCGCCCGAGCGCGCCGCCCCGCGCCGGGGCUCCUCCUCUGUCUCCUCCCGCGUGCACCAGCGGCAGAUGGGGGCCCUCGACAACCUGGGCUUCUCGCCCCCCUCGAGCCCUGGGGCUGUGGGCGGCGGCGGGGCGGGCAGGCCCCCGGCCCGGCGGAAGUCCAUCUGACCGCCCGGCUCCGGCCCAGAGCUUGGAGAGGGGUGGGGGGCCGUGGCCUCAAGGCCGUCUUCAGCCACGGGCCGUCCGUCCUUCCCCUCUGCGGCCAGCCCCUCCCUGCUCUCCAGAAAUACAUUAAAGCUGC